CGGGCAACAGGGCCGUCGGGGGCAACGGGUCGGGACCGAGCCAUCGUCUGCACACCUUACUGCCAUUGAACCAUCUCCACAAACGGAUUUUUCGCUUGUGUCACUUGCUGGGAUCGACAGGGGCCGUCGGACAAUCAGAGACAGUGCAACCCUUGAAUUCAGACGGACUUUGCUUUCAUCUUUAGACCCAUUCGGCCUCGAAAUUGAGGUCGACAUCGCUGGGGAGACGCAAGUAUGGUGUCAUCUCUACGACGUCUCGCAGCGGACCAUGCCGCUUUGCAUGAAGAACUUCCUCCCAAUUACAUCUUUCCCUCCGACGAGGCCUCCACAGGGGACGACCUCACCCAGCUCACCACUCUCCUGGCCGGGCCCCAGGGUACGCCAUACUCGCAGGGUCUAUGGCGGUUACACUUGAAAAUGCCGGAGGAUUAUCCCAAGAGCCCGCCGAAGGCGACUUUCCGGACUCGCAUAUGGCAUCCAAAUGUGGAGGAGUCGACAGGAGCGGUCUGCGUGGAUACCUUGAAGCGAGACUGGAAGUCCACGUUGACCUUGAAGGAUGUCUUGAUCACCAUCUCCUGCCUCCUGAUUUAUCCUAAUCCCGACUCCGCCUUGAACUGUGCAGCCGGCGCACUGCUCCAAGAAAACUACGAUGCGUUUGCUCGUCAAGCAAAAUUGAUGACCUCCAUCCACGCCCCUGUCCCACCAGAGCUAGCCUCAGCAGUAUCCGAGGCGAAAACGAGAGGCGAAGAUGCCGGAGCAGUCAUUCCAGCAGAACAAGAGGAGUCUCGCUCCUUACGACCACGGAAGGGGACCAGGAUUGCCUCUGUUACAAUGAAGAAGCGAAUCACCCGGAACAGUGGCGAAGAGAGCUCGAGCUCUCGAGCAUUUUCUCAUCAACCCUCUACACCCAUUGAAUACCAGGAGCAGGAACCCGAAGAACUUCACGAUACCCUUGACACGACUGCCUCCGACGAUGAAUCAGAAACCUCCACCAACGCCAGUAAAGAAAACGACCCUUCUCUAUCGCCCUCCCCGGUACGACUUGCCUUACCUCACAUUCGCAAAAACGCCUUCGGCAAACGACCGCUAUCUGUGCUGGCACUGCCAAUGGACCUGGACGACCCAUUUGCUAUGGACACAGAAGACAUGACCGUGGAUGGCAUGUCCGCAUCCGAGAAGAAUAUCGCAGCGAACUACCCCAGCGACAUCCCUGACCGCAGCCACUCUCCGCAGAGGAAGUCACCUAAGCUUUCCGUCCUCGACAAAGGCAUCAACUCGUCGGGUCGGAUACGCGAAGAUGUCCAGAUCUUCGAAGACGAUCCCGACCCUGCGGAUCUUGCCUUUGUGCGUCGAGCCAGCGGUGACGGCAAAGAGAACCCUCGAGCCCUCAACGGACUGAAAGAUAACGACCCAGCAAUAACCAUGUUUCAUCCCAGCAAUCCUCCCACCAUUCUCACUCCAUCCGCAUCCACAUCAGCCCCAUCUGGCUCGAGGUUAUCAAGACCGGUAAUGGGCUCGCGAAAAGUCUCAGCGCCAAAUGGCAAAAAGGCCAAGCCUCGAAUCGGCAUCCGCAGACUGUGAAAGUCUACCCACCUAUUCCCUCAUUCGCGGUACAUAUUUACCCGUCUACUUCUCAAUUACCUAUCCUGCCCCUCACAUCCCACAUCUCCCCACAACCACAUUUAAUACCCCAGCUGCACCCGCAGACUCUCAUUAUGCCCCCGAGACAUUCACUUCUCAACAUUUAGUUCGGCGUUCUCGUGCGAAACGAAAAUGGAUGGAUAUGGAUAUCAUUAUGGACACGGAGGGGGUCUCUUUUUCUUUAUCUUUUCAGGCAUAGCUAGCUCUCUUGCAUACCCCACGGUGUACUGGUUGGUACUGGUCCAUUGCCACUCACUUAUGUCCGGUUGGUUGGCUUGGAUUCGUUUCAUGCAUGAAUUGCAUCUAGCAAUACGGAGUAGGUAGACAUUCAUUGCAU